UUCAUUUUUCUUAAACUUUUCAAACCACAACAAAUACUCGCACAUCUUUAUCUUUUUCUCUCACCCUGAAAAUGGAAGAAUUUUGAUGCUCAGAUUCACCAUUAUCAUCUUCACAUCAUCGCGAAGAGAUCAAUCAAGUCUCAGAUCUUAAUUUCUCUUCACAGAUCACCGUAGUUGAUCUCCCCCAGAUCUCGACUGGAUUCUCAGCUUGUAUAAUAAUAGUUAUAUACGCAAUCGCUCUAUAUAUUUGUCUUCUGCUAUAAUCUGGAUCUGGUCGAGCUCUCUCGUGGCUUCCAAACGAACCCAGUCAUGAAUCCCUUCUCGUCUGGGACGCGUCUAAGGGACAUGAUUCGGGCAAUACGUGCCUGUAAAACUGCAGCAGAGGAACGUGCUGUUGUUAGAAAGGAGUGUGCUUCUAUUCGUGCAGCAGUUAGUGACAAUGACAAUGAUUAUAGACACCGUAAUUUGGCAAAGCUCAUGUUCAUUCACAUGUUAGGGUAUCCUACACAUUUUGGUCAAAUGGAAUGCCUCAAGUUAAUUGCAGCUCCUGGAUUUCCAGAGAAGAGAAUAGGAUAUCUAGGACUCAUGCUGCUUCUUGAUGAAAGACAAGAAGUUUUGAUGCUAGUAACCAAUUCACUAAAGCAAGAUCUUAAUCAUACCAACCAGUAUAUUGUAGGACUGGCUCUUUGUGCUUUGGGCAAUAUAAGUUCUGCUGAAAUGGCUCGUGAUCUUGCACCUGAAGUUGAAAGGCUGCUGCAAUUUCGAGAUCCAAAUGUUCGCAAGAAAGCAGCAUUAUGCUCUAUAAGGAUUAUAAAGAAAGUCCCUGACCUUGCAGAGAAUUUUGUAAACCCUGUUGCUUCCUUACUCAAAGAAAAGCAUCAUGGAGUUCUUUUAACUGCAAUCCAGCUUUGUGCAGAUUUGUGUAUAGUCAGUGAAGAGGCCCUUGAAUAUUUUAGGAAGAAAUGCACAGAGGGCAUAGUAAAAGUUCUGAAGGAUGCAGUGAACAGUCCAUAUGCUCCUGAAUAUGAUAUUUCUGGGAUUUCGGAUCCUUUUCUUCAAAUAAGAUUACUCCGUAUUUUACGGAUCUUGGGUCAUGGAGAUGCUGAUGCUAGUGAUUUCAUGAAUGAUGUCCUUGCUCAGGUGGCAACAAAGACAGAGUCAAACAAGAAUGCAGGGAAUGCUAUCCUUUAUGAAUGUGUAGAAACUAUUAUGAGCAUUGAAGAUAGUGGUGGCUUGCGUGUUCUUGCAAUCAAUAUUUUGGGGAGGUUCUUAUCAAACCGUGACAAUAAUAUCAGGUAUGUUGCAUUAAACAUGCUGAUGAAAGCAAUAUCAAUAGAUGGUCAAGCAGUGCAGAGACAUCGCGCAACAAUCUUGGAAUGUGUCAAGGAUUCAGAUGCUUCAAUUCGAAAAAGAGCCCUGGAACUUGUGUAUCUUCUGGUCAAUGAGAACAACGUAAAACCUUUGACCAAGGAGCUAAUUGAUUAUCUGGUAGUAAGUGACCAGGACUUCAAGGGAGAUCUUACUGCAAAAAUUUGCUCCAUUGUGGAAAAGCUCUCCCCAGAGAAAAUUUGGUACAUUGAUCAGAUGCUCAAGGUUCUUUGUGAGGCUGGAAAUUAUGUAAAGGAUGAAGUGUGGCAUGCUCUAAUUGUUGUGAUAACCAAUUCAUCUAACCUCCAUGGAUAUACAGUAAGGUCACUCUAUAGAGCAAUCCAAACAUCAUGUGAUCAGGAAGCUGUAGUCCGGGUAGCAGUAUGGUGCAUUGGAGAAUACGGUGAUUUAUUGGUAAACAAUGUUGGAAUGCUUGAUAUCGAGGAACCUAUAACUGUAACGGAGUCUGAUGCAAUUGAUGUUAUAGAAGCUGCUAUCAAGCAACACACAUCUGAUCUUACAACCAGGGCAAUGUGUUUGAUGGCUUUGUUAAAACUGUCUUCACGUUUCCCUUCUUCUUCACAGAGAAUAAAAGACAUUGUGAAUCAAUCUAAAGGAAGCCUUCUGCUUGAGCUGCAGCAGAGAUCAAUCGAAUUUGAUUCCAUAAUCGGAAAACAUCAGAAUUUAAGGUCUGCAUUGGUUGAAAGGAUGCCAGUUCUUGAUGAAGCAAGUUACAGUGGAAGAAGAGGAGGUUCAGGUGUUUCGACAUCAGGGAUUAAUAAUAUUCCGAAUGGGGUUGUUAAAAUAGUUGAUGCUCCUCUAGUAGACUUGCUGGAUCUUGGUGUAGAUGAACCUACACAUCCACAUCCACAUCCACAUCCACCACCUCCUAACUCUUCUUCAGGUGCCAAUUUUCUUCACGACCUUCUUGGUGUUGGUGCUGACAUCUCAUCUUCUUCGCCACAAUCAGGAGGUAGAAAUACAAUGCAUGGGCAUAAAAGUGGUACAGAUGUUCUGCUGGAUCUAUUGUCAAGCGGGUCACCACCUGCUCCUGCUCCUGCUCCUGCUCCUGCUACUCAAAAAAGCUCAUCUACAUCUGAUCUCUUAUCCUUGACCCAACUUAAUAAUAAUAAUAAUAAUAAUAAUAAUAAUAAUAAUAAUAACAAUAAUAAAGCCUCACCCUCACCUUUUAGUGCUUUGGAUACUCUUUCUUCGUCUCUACCUACACCUGGCGCUUCCCCUAUGAUGGAUCUAUUAGACGGAUUUGGUCCAAAUCCUACUACACCACCACCACCAACACCUAAAGAAGAGGAGAAUGGGCGGACAUAUCCACCAAUUGUUGCAUUUGAGAGUGGUGCAUUGAGCCUAACGUUCAACCUGUCUAAGCAACCCGGAAGUCCACAGAUAACCCUAAUUGAAGCAAAAUUCACAAACAAGUCUUCCCAGCUCUAUACAGACUUCGUCUUCCAGGCAGCAGUGCCCAAGUUCCUACAGCUGCAUUUAGAGCCUGCUAGCAGUAAUACUCUUCCUGGAAAUGCAAGUGGCUCUAUAACACAGAAAUUACGAGUCACCAACAAUCAGCAUGGCAAGAAAUCAGUUGUGAUGCGCAUACGAAUAAGCUACAAGUUGAACAACAAAGAUAUGUUGGAGGAAGGGCAAAUCAGUAACUUCCCUCGCGACUUGUGAACCAUCUCUCCCUCUUUCUCUCUUCCUACUUCUAGUGUUUAGUGCAAGUUUAAAGUUUUGGUUGGCUGAAAGUUGAAUCAAUUGUUGUUUCCCUUUUUUCGUAUAUUUUUGGGUGUAGCGUUUGGAAUAUUGAGUUAACAAGUUGAGCUGAGCGUCUUUUUUUUUUUUUUUUUUUUUUUUUUUUUUUGUAUAUUAUAUGAACAAAAAGAUGUUAUUGUAUUCAAUUGUGAGAACCAAAUUUUGCCAUCAUAGGCAUAGACACAAACUCAUCAACCUUAUUUUUUUUUUAUUUUUAUAAUUUAUUUCAGAUGUCAAACAAGUUUUAUUAUCUUCAA